AUGUCUUCUUAUAGGAAGAGAAGUAUUUUAACAAAUCCCAAUGGAUUGGAUAAUUUAGAAGAUAAACUGCUUGCGUGUGAUGAGAAAUUGAAAGUUCUGUUGGAGUCUAACGUUGAGAAACGUGAUGGGAAUUAUUUCAGAGACAACGAGAGAACGAUCGAUUAUGUGUUUGUCUACAAUUUGCAUUCCAAAGAGAAAUUCAAGGAGUUGGUUAACAAAUACAUCGAAAACUUAGAAGAAGCAGGAUUGGAAUUCGAAUCAGAGAACUCGGAGCAGUUCCCGCAUCUGCUCUUCAUCAAAGUUCAUGGUCCCAGAAGUGUGCUUAUACGUUACGCUUACGUAAUGAGUAUAAAUCUCAGUUGCGACAAUAAAACGGAAAUGCCUCCAUCACACAGAAACUUCAAUUUUAACUUCCUGUUCACCGAGCUAACAAGACCGGAUGAAAGCACUAACUUUUAUAAAAGAAAUACAGAGUCCAUUUCUGGACAGAGACCUUCGGACAUCACGAGCGCAGAAAGGAUCAUGGUGAUACAUCAGAUCUUGUCCAAGGCAAAAUACGGUGACCAGGAGCAUGAAUUCGGGUUGGAAACUUUGCUGAAGAACAAAUACCUGCAAGACGCAUACGCUUUGCACGAUGGCACAUACAAAUGGACGACGUCUGGGCCUUUGAACGAUCGUCAACUUCUUUCGAAAUAUUGGGCGAACUUCGGUAUGUGCUUCAAGCUGCAGCCGUUGGAGUUGAUUCAAAAGUAUUAUGGACCCGAGGUUGGAUUCUAUUUCUCCUUUCUCGGAUUCUACAACAGGAUGUUGAUAACUGCUAUGAUCUUCGGUUUGGCCACGUCCAUCUAUGGAAUUCACACCUAUGACACGGAAAAAAAUGUAGUCAGUCAUGAGAUUUCAACGUUUUGCUACGAAAUUUGGAAGAGAGAACAAGCAAUUUUGAUUUACAAAUGGAAUUUGCUGUAUUUGGAACACGAUCCUACUAUGAGGUUGGCCGUGCGGUACGCUUUAGCUGGAUACACCAAGAACGAAUUCAUCAGGAGUUACGCGUCGAUGGUGGCAACAUUAACUGCAAAUUCCAUAAGUUUGACCAUCCUAAUACUUUUUGAAUAUCUUUACACAUUUCUGGCCCGAAAAUUAACCGAUUACGAGAAUCCCCGCACUCAAUCUGAAUACGACAAAUCUUUUACUUACAAGCAAUACAUUCUAAGCUUCGUAAACGGUUAUUCCGUAAUAUACUACACGAGUUUCUUCAAGGGAACAUAUUUCACUUAUCCUGGAGAUAGAGAGCAGUACGAUAAUUUAGGGGUACUAAAUUCUGAUGUUUGCGCACCGUUCGGAUGCAUUCUAGAAGUUAGCAUGCAGCUGGCAAUAAUUCUUUUGGGUAAAAAUUUGUUCAAGAGCUCAUUGGAAGUGAUAAUACCUAUAAUGCCUGUAUGGGAAAUCAACUAUUUGGAUGUUCGCGUUGACUAUUAUUUCCUCUACAGAGAUUAUAAAGAUAUCAUUUUACAAUAUGGUUAUAUAAUCUUAUUCUCCGCGGUUUUUCCUCUGGCUCCGCUUCUGGCGAUCAUUUACAACACUUUGGAGAUACGUAUCGAUGCUUAUAAGUUAACGAGGGUCUACAGAAGACCUUUGCCAGUUCGCACUGAGGGAAUUGCGGCCUGGAACGUGAUUCUUCAAGUGUUGACUGUCAUCGGUAUAGCGACAAAUGCUUUCCUCGUAGCAUUCACCACACAAUUUGUUCCGUACCUGUUGCGCGUCUACGGCGAUGCCACUUCUUUCAUCUCGUACACAUUUUCCGAGUUUGCAGUCGACGAUUACCGUGGGGUGACAAAGGGAAAUAUGUCGGGGAACAUAUGCUAUUAUAAAGGGAAGAGACAUCCUCCCAAUCACGCUGAGAAGUACAAGCCUACCACCACGUAUUGGUACGAGUAUGCAUCGAGAACCUUGACAGUCAUCAUUAUUGAAGUCCUCGUCAUGUGUUUCACAAGUCUUAUAGCUUUUGCUAUACCGGAUGUUCCGAGGAGCAUUAGGGAACGUAUAGCUAACCAAGAGCGUUUGGAUAUGGAGUUGCGGGAAAAAAAUAUGACUCGCAACAUUAAGAACAAGGAUAGGAACAGUCGGGCCAUCAGCAUCAGCUCCGACAUUCGCUUAAGGAAAUAA